AUGAAUACUGUAAAGAUAAACUACGACGCUUCAUGGAUUUUAGAACUUACUAAUGCUGGUUUUGGUCUUGUUUUUCGAAACUCAUCAGGCACCUUUCGAGCAGCAGAAUGUGGAUGGUGCGGGACCUUCUCAGCCCAAAAGGCAGAAGCUGUAGCUCUGUUAAAGGCAGUGCAAUGGGCCAACAGACACAAUAUUCAAAAUCUGGCGAUAGAAGGGGAUAACCAGGCAACCAUACAGUAUUUACAAGGAAAGACAAUCACUGUAAACUGGCAAUCCAUAGCAAUCUUGGAAGAGGUCAAACUAGUAGCAGAUAAAUUAGUUUCUUUUAAAGGUUUUCAGUACAUAGAUAGAAGCGCAAACAAGGUGGCAGACUUGUUAGCAAAAGAAGGACGAAGAUCAAAUAGCACAAUUUCUUGGACUGAUCAAGCUCCUAGCUUUUUAUUUCCUGCAAUUGCUUUUGACACAGUCAAAGCAUAUGAAGUAUGUAAUUCUAAUAACUCUACCAAUGUAUCUUGUUCUGCCAGGAUUAAUCCAACAAAUUCAGUCAUUGGACGAGCAACUCAUCAAGAGUUAGUCACUGAAGAGCCUGAAUGUCAAAUUUUUCAGUGA